UUGUUUACAUUUGAUUUUGAACCAUAAUAUAUUUAGAAAUAAUAAAUUAUGAAUAAUAUUAUAAAACAGUUAGAAACUCUUUCGGAACAAGAACUUUAUUCCAACAUUGUUAAAGUUUGCGAUUUGGCUUUGACCAUUGGAGAACAGAAACCUGACACUUUUACAUUAUUAAUGAAAUUCCAGAUUACACUUUAUUAUGCUGAUGCUUUAUACAGUAUUCAGCAAUUCUUUCAAGCAGAAAAUUUGUAUCGGCAAGCACUACAGAUGAGAAAAAACAUACUUAUUAAAAAAAAUUCUAAUAAUAAAAUAACGGAGAAUCAGAAUGAAGUAGCUAGUGAUGUAGACAUCAAAUAUAAAAUACAUUUGUGUUGUUUAGCACUGAAGCAAAAAAAAGCUGCUGGAGAAAUUUUGCAAAUGGUUUCUGCUCGUUUACGUACGCCAAAAGUAAACAUGGCUUUAGGAAAUAUAUUUAAAGACUUAGGAAUGGAAAGAUCUGCAAUAGCGUGUUUUAAAGAAGUUCUCAGAGAUUGUCCAUUAGCCCUUGAAGCUGUGGAAAAUUUACUGAAAUUAGGAAUAAAAGGCGUGGAAGUAAAUUCGUUAAUGGUAGAAGUGUCAUCAGAAAUAACAUGGUUAAAUUCUUGGAUAAAAGCUCAGGCUCAAUUACAUUCUCGAGAUUUUGCAAAUGCAAUUAAAACAUACAAGAGCAUGGAUACACAUGGUUUGUUAAAAGACAACACAUCUCUUAUAGUCAAUAUGGGCUAUUGUUAUCAUUACAUGUGCGAAGAUCAGAGAGCUAUAUCAGUUUUACAAAAAGCAUUUCGGAUCGAUCCUUUCCUCACGGCAGGCAAAGAUCUGUUAUCAACUCUUUUAGCAGCUUCUGGAACCAAAGAUCAUAUUCGGACACUGGAAAGUUUAAUACCUACAAUGGAUAUGUCUUUAUGGAGUAGUGAACACUGGGUUAUUUUAGGAAACUAUAUGUUUGCUUUGAAGAAAUAUGACAAAGCUGCUUAUUUCGGACAACAAGCCUGUGUGUUGGAUCGAAGAAAUAUCGAGGCGCUUCUCUUGAAAGCAAAUACUCUGGUCCAAAUUAAAAAAUAUCAGGAUGCUGCUAGUCAUUGUACUGAGGCAUUACAAAUUUGCCCUUACAGAUAUGAUCUGCACAAAUGUUUGGUAGAAUGUUACAUACAGAUGAAUAAGUUGAGAGAAGCAGAAUCUAUGGCAAUGAAUGCAUGUAAACAGUUAAAUUUUAGUGCUCAAGGGUAUUAUCUACAUGCUUUAGUGUUAUUAAAGGACCCCAUGGCGUCGAGUAAAACAGUCCGAAGGACCUUAGAAAAAGCCGUAUCACAAGACAAGACUGGUUCCACAAACGCUCUAUGCAUGCUAGUCGAAUUCUUGGAACAGGAGCAACAGUACGAGCAAGCCUCUCAGCUGUUAUUGAAACAUAUAGAAACGCAGAAACCUUAUUCGAGACUGCAUCAAUUGUUGGGUGAUUGCUUUGUUAAUUUACAAAAAGACGAUGAGGCUUUUCACCAUUACACAAUAGCCCUGAAACUUGAUCCUACAAAUCAGAGAGCCACAGAGGGAUUAAAUAACAUAGGAAGAAGUUUGUCAUUGAGUAAACGUGAUAGUUAUUAUACUUGUGUUGCCGGAGAGACUUAUGCAUCACAAGGUACGAAUUCUUCUGAUCACGAAGUUGACCCAGAAAGUGAUACGGAUCCUUGGCCAGCUGGUGGAGAUUUAGGGAACUUUGAAUAAGUAUUAUAUUUUUUUAAUUAUGUCUAUAGUAAUCUAUUUUAUAUGAUUUAACUAAUACUUGUAUCAAUUAAAUUUUUUAUAUUUUCUUCCAAUUUCUGAAUUGUUUCAGUAUUAUAUUAAUGUAUGUCUUAUAAAAUGGAAAAUGUGUUGCGUUUAGGUAAGUGAUUAAAUUAAAAAUGAUAAUC